UAUAUUUCACACUUCAAAUUAAUUUCUACAAAAAGGAUCAAAUAAAUUAUGAAUGAUGCCAAUAGCUUAAGAUCUCAGACUAGCGAAGAACUGAUACAAAAUUUGAAAUUGUGUUGUAAAAGCGAAUCAGAUGUUGAGAAUAUUUUUAAGUAGUUAUCAAAUUUAGAAUUCUUCAGCUAUUAUUAUUCUUAAAAUAAAUUUCAGACAUUAAUUAGAGAAUGUAUUCUAAGUGCACAAUAUACUUUUGUUCAAUCCGGCUAAUACAUAUUUAAGCAAGGUGAGAUUUCUGAUUUGUUCUACAUAUUAAUUGAUGGCAUAGUUCAAAAACAGAUUGUGACUUAUAAAAAUUCUGCACAAACUAAAUAAAACUUGGUGGCUUCAAAAAAUAUAAAUUAUAGAAGGAAAAUGAAAUCAUAGUUCAAUGAAGAUGAAAAAUCUGUUAUUAUCUUAAAAAUAUACUAUCAAGGAGAUAGUUUUGGAGAGUUUCAAACGUAGGGCAAAGAAUUGAGGAAAUAUUCUAUCUUAUGUCUUACUGAUUGUCAUCUCUUAGCUAUAAACAAAGAGACAUAUUUUAAUUUUUUUGCAUAUCAAGAAAAAAAAAGAUUAUUAAGUGUUCUAGAAGAGCUCAAAAAAAUUCCUUACUUUAAUAACUGGACACUUACUGAAAUCAAAAGAUUGUAUAAUCGCAUGGAAAUCAAAACUUUUUCCAUAAACUCAGUCGUUUUUCAAGAAGGUGACCCCUCAAACUAUUUUUAUAUAGUCAAAUAAGGAGACUUUAUGUACUAAAAGUCCUUAUACAAAAAUAAUGUAUUGGAAGAUGAAAGAGAAUAAGGUCUAAUGUUUUAAAAUGUAAAAUACCUUAACAAUAAGUCUAAAAAAUUAACUAAUAUUUUGUUGCUGAGUAAAAUGUAAACAAUUGGCGAAACUGAAAUUUUAGAAGGCAGGAAAGGAAUGCAAUUCUCUCUUGUUUGUAAUACUUCGAUUGGAUAGCUUUAUCAACUGAAGAAGUAAGAUUUUAUAGAUUAUGUUCUAUCAGAGAAUUAAAAUAUAUAAGAAGUGAAAGCUAAAGUAUAGCUUUAAAAAGAGGAGAUGGAAAAAAUAAUGUCAAAUAUAAACCAAAGCUACAAUGCCUAUAAAGACUUUAUUUUCAAGGAUGAAACUAUAGAAGAGAAUUUGAGGAGAGAGGAUCAAUAUAAAUCGUUAUCAGUAAGCUCAAAUAAAUGGAAGACCAUUGCUGAUGAAUAAAAUUUAAAUUAAUCAGGCUUAACUCUAGACAAGAAAUCUUCAACUUUCAAAGACUACUUUAAAAUGAAUUUAUAAAACACAGAUUCUAACCUAAUAUAGACACCUCGAGAAGAGUCGCAGCAAAAGCUAAAUGGAAGAUCAAAUUUAAUUAUGGAAACUCCUAAAAAAGCUUAUAGUGCAUAGUAAUCUCGAGUAUUCGAUAACUCACAUAUAUCUUCUCAUUAAUCUUUAGUUGAACAAUUAAAUGAGCAGGAUUCAUAACUCAUUGGAAAUCACAUCAAUGAGAAAUAAAUUUCUAAAUUAACCCCAAAAUUUUCUCAAUCUCACACUAAUACUCCAAAAGCUUCUAACUUUCAGCACAAUUACUACAUAAGUUCUCCUUAAAGCUAAAAUUAUGUUAAGUAACCAACAGAUUUUAAAGCAUUUUUGCCUAGUUAUGUAAAAAAUAUUGGCAUAAGCAGUGUCAAAAACUCAAUUUUUAAUUAACAUAGCUCAAUAAACACUUAAAAAAAUGAUAAUAAUCAUAAAAAUAUCACAUUUACUUCUUUGAUUAAUGAAUCAAAAAAUUAUCAAAUAAAUGCUUUAAUGUUGGAUCAGGCCAAUGAAAAUGACAAGAAAGAUAAAGAAUAAAAUAAGUAUUUUCAUCAAGAUUAUGCUAUAAACUAUAAAUUUCACUCCCAUAAUAGUAGCUUGGCUGAUAUAAAAACACUAGACCAAGAAAUGUAACCAAUAAAAGUAGAAAAGCGUAAGAGUGAAAGAAUAAGUUUGACUCAUCAAUAAAUAAAGAGUCGACAUUAAAUGCAGCAAUCAUAAAGUUAAAAAUAAUUCUAAUAAAAUAAUAUGCAGCAAAAUCAUUAAUAGAAGGAAACUGAUUAAGAAUAAAAAAAUUAGGAGAAUAUUUAAUAGUCAUAAAUGAAAAGAGCACAGUCAGCCUACAACAAAAAGGCAAAGAUAACUAAGGUAGAAAACAGUUUACAUAAUAGACUUAGAUUUAAAUUUUACUAAAGAAUCAAAGACUAAGAAAGAAAUCCAGAAGGUAUGAAGAUGCAUAUCUUUGAAGAUGUUAUUUAAAAAUUGCCUUACAAAAAAACACCACAUCUUAAGCUGAGACCUCAUGAGAUAAUGAACAAAUCAAGUGAUGCUUUUGAUAAAACCAAGUUCAUAAAAUAAGAAAUUUAAUAUUAAAAAACUCAGUCAAUGCAAGAAUUGAAUAAUUUUUUACAUUAUCCCAUUUCAGUUAGGACUUAAGCUACUCUUAAAACUCAAUAACCAUCUACUAAGCUUACUACAACAGAUACAUUUAAUUAAUUUUAAAAUGUUCCAUAAUAAAAUAAAUAUAAAAGAAAGAGACCAGUUUCAAUGUGUAAUUUAAGAAAGCUAAAUUUUGAAAUCUAGGAACAAGUUCCUUCCUAUGUAGAUAGGCUCUACUCAACCAAAGAAUAGCACAAUAAAUCCCAAAGCAUUUCAAUUAAUGCCCUUUUAUAAACUCAACAUAACAGCAAAUUGAUAAAUAACUUCACUUCUAAUUAAGGAAGCACCUAAAAUAAAUUUAUAAACAAUAUGUAAUAAGUCGAAAAUAAUAACACAGAAAACCAGUAAUAAAGUCCUCAAAAAGCAUAAACUCAAUCAAAUGAAUAUGUCUUUAAGUAUUUUAUGCCAACUAGCAAAAGAACUCAUAUAAAUGACGAGGGAUAUAAAUUCUCUUAGGUUUAAAAUAAAGAAAAGUAGAAGAGUGUUGCUUAAAUUAAUACUUCCAUUCCAGAAAAAGAAGGUCUUUUCAUAUCCUAAACUAAAAGCUGUAGAAAUUUAGACUUCAAACCAUGUUUAAUAGAAGAAUAUAGCAAAACAUCAAAAUAAAGUUAUUAAAAUUAGAAAUAUACAAUUAAUUAAUUCUUUUAAAAAGGUUUGAAGCACAAUUUAGCUAUACAUUAGCUCCAAUCUAAACUAGAAGCAUAAAUCAAGCACCCACUUCAAAGUACAGCAAAAUCAUUCCCUUGGUAAACGAAUCUGGCUUCUCAUAAAAAGCUAGACUCUUCUGUUAUAAAACCUUUUAACUAGACUUUCCAUAAUAUACAAUGA